AUGUAUCGCAAAGCAGCUACAGCCGUUGCACUGAUUGUUGGCUUCCUGGCGCUAGCCGUCAGUGGUGAUCUGGCCACCUCGGAUCCGCUUUACCAGCAGUGGAGAGGACGUAUCGUUGGUGGAAGCUACGCACGGGAUGGAGACUUCCCGUAUCAGGCCUCGUUCCGUACUGGGGACGGUAUGCACAUCUGCGGUGGUGCCGUGUUGAACCAACAGUGGGUCAUCACGGCGGGUUCGUGUAUGGCUGGACGCACGACGUCGGACACCCGUGUGAUUGUUGGUGCCUAUCGGCUGAGCCAGGGAGGCUUCAAUAUGGGCCUGCGACGCAUCAUCAUCCAUCCCAACUUCGCAUCGGAGACGCUGGCCAACGAUGUUGCAGUGGUCCGCGUGUCAUCGCCGAUUGUGUUCAGUGAUGCUGUUCAGGGUGUGCAGCUCGGCUCUUACUACAUCAACGUGGCGUACGGAGCGCUCGUUUCCGGCUGGGGUCGUAUGGAAUUCUCCAACCCACAGUUCCCGGAUAACUUGCAGUACAUCGCGGUGAAUGUGAUUUCCCAGCUGGAAUGCCGAGCCCGGUUCGUUGCCCCAUACGAUGCACGCAUUUACGAUUCGACACUGUGCAGCAGCAGCCCCAUCGGUCAGGGCACUUGUCUCGGUGAUGCGGGCAGUCCGCUGGUGCACGGAGCCGAACUGCAUGGUAUUGUUUCGUGGGGCAUCCCGUGCGGAGAAGGAUAUCCGGAUGUCUAUGCACGUGUCGCAUCCCACCGUGGCUGGAUUCUGGCGCACACUCUCAUUUAA